CAGGUGUUACCCCUGCCCUGGGGGUGGGGGUGGGGACCUGGCAUCAGCUGGGCUGGGCUCGCUGUUCAUCCGUUGGGAUAGUGUCUCUCUGUGUCUCAGGAGCAAGGAGCAGGUGACCCUGGAGGCACUGUGAGCGGGAAGCUCUGAGGCUGAACCACCUCUGCAUCCCGGCAGGAGGGCUCUGGGGCUUUGCCUAUGGCCUCUGCCACCAGGGCCAGAGAGAGGCCCUCUCUAGGGACAGACCCCAAGUUAAGGGGUCUAAGGCUCCCUUGGGGGUCUCGGCCACCAGAAGCUGAUGUCCUUAAUGCCUCAAAGGUGUGAAGGGAGGGCUGGAAUCCGGGACAUGAGGCCUAGAGAGCAAAGGGGCAGGGCACACCGUCCUGCCACAGGCAGGCUUGGAAGGCCCACAGGGAGCCCAGGGGACCUGAGGGGACAGGAACAGGCUGGAAGGGCUGUGGAAUAGGAGAGGCGGGGGCUCUGGGCUUGGGAUGGGUGCUGGUGCUGGAGCCGGGUGGAGAGGAAGCAGUCAGGUUUACUAUGGCCAAAUUUGGUUGUGGCUCCAAGGAAGACACAUUCUCAGUGAGAGAGGCCAGAGUCCCUAGAAUUUUGGCUCUUCGCGUGAGUUGCUGAUCCCUGGUGACUGGCCCGGCACUCUGGGGGCUCUGGAAGCCUCCCUCUCAGGGCCUCUGCAGCAGAUCACGCCCCGGGAUGCCGUCUGGAGCCCGGAUGCCCCACCAGGGGGCGCCCAUGGGCCCCCCGGGCUCCCCGUACAUGGGCAGCCCCGCCGUACGACCCGGCCUGGCCCCCGCGGGCAUGGAGCCCGCCCGCAAGCGAGCAGCGCCCCCGCCCGGCCAGAGCCAGGCCCAGAGCCAGGGCCAGCCGGUGCCCACCGCCCCCGCGCGGAGCCGCAGUGCCAAGAGGAGGAAGAUGGCUGACAAAAUCCUCCCUCAAAGGAUCCGCGAGCUGGUCCCAGAGUCCCAGGCUUACAUGGACCUCCUGGCGUUUGAGAGGAAACUGGAUCAAACCAUCAUGCGGAAGCGGGUGGACAUCCAGGAGGCUCUGAAGAGGCCAAUGAAGCAAAAGCGGAAGCUACGUCUUUAUAUCUCCAAUACUUUUAACCCUGCGAAGCCUGAUGCAGAGGAUUCGGAUGGCAGCAUAGCCUCCUGGGAGCUGCGGGUGGAGGGGAAGCUCCUGGAUGACCCCAGCAAGCAGAAGCGGAAGUUCUCGUCCUUCUUCAAGAGUUUGGUCAUUGAGCUGGACAAAGACCUCUAUGGCCCUGACAACCACCUGGUGGAGUGGCACAGGACACCCACAACUCAGGAGACGGACGGGUUCCAGGUGAAGAGGCCGGGGGACCUGAGUGUGCGCUGCACGCUGCUCCUCAUGCUGGACUACCAGCCCCCCCAGUUCAAACUGGAUCCCCGCCUGGCCCGGCUGCUGGGGCUGCACACGCAGAGCCGCUCAGCCAUUGUCCAGGCCCUGUGGCAGUACGUGAAGACCAACAGGCUGCAGGACUCUCACGACAAGGAGUACAUCAACGGGGACAAGUAUUUCCAGCAGAUUUUUGAUUGUCCCCGGCUGAAGUUUUCUGAGAUCCCCCAGCGCCUCACAGCUCUGCUGUUGCCCCCUGACCCCAUUGUCAUCAACCAUGUCAUCAGCGUGGACCCGUCAGACCAGAAGAAGACAGCGUGCUACGACAUUGACGUGGAGGUAGAGGAGCCACUGAAGGGACAGAUGAGCAGCUUCCUCCUGUCCACAGCCAACCAGCAGGAGAUCAGCGCUCUGGACAGUAAGAUCCACGAGACGAUUGAGUCCAUAAACCAGCUCAAGAUCCAGAGGGACUUCAUGCUAAGCUUCUCCAGAGACCCCAAAGGCUACAUCCAAGACCUCCUCCGCUCCCAGAGCCGGGACCUCAAGGUGAUGACAGACGUGGCAGGCAACCCUGAGGAGGAGCGGCGGGCUGAGUUCUACCACCAGCCCUGGUCCCAGGAAGCUGUCAGCCGCUACUUCUACUGCAAGAUCCAGCAGCGCAGGCAGGAGCUGGAGCAGUCGCUGGUUGUGCGCAACACCUAGGAGCCCUGGGCACGAGCGCUGCUGUGGGCCCCUGGGCCCCUGCCCUGUCACCUCGGGCACUGCCGUCACUCCUGAUGCCUUGCGGCCGAGGUGGGGACCGGAUUAAAGGUCAUUCAUCUGA